AUGAAGCUCUACCUACCGAUCACCGUGGCCUCGGUCCUGCUCGUGCUCUCGGGCCACAAAGCUGACGGUCUCAACGUCAAGAUGCCCGGGAUGAACUACACUCCGCGCAAGGGCCCGGACUGGGCCCCCGAAAGCUCCAAGUGCAAAAACGCGGCUGAAAUUCAGCGGGACAUGUACGCUCUGAAGGCUGUCACGGACAAGGUCCGUAUCUACUCGCUCACGGACUGCAACCAGGCCGAACUAGUGCUGCCGGCUGCCAAGAGAGCUGGUUUGCAAGUGCACCUUGGGAUCUGGACGACAGCGAGCCAUAACUACCUUUUGCAAGAGAAGGCGAAGCUAACUGCGCUCAUUGACACGGGCCUGUAUGACAACAACGUCAUUGGGCUGCACGUCGGCAGUGAGACCAUCUACCGCAAGGAGAUCAAUGCUGACACAGCUAUCAGCUACAUGAACGAGAUUCGUGCUUACAUUCGAAGUCGCGGGAAGAACACACCCGUCACGAUUGCGGACACCAUCGACAUCUACAACCUCAACCCAAAGCUCGUGGACGCUGUGGAUUACGUGUCGGUGAACCAGUUUGCCUUCUGGGAGCAGGCGAACGCGAACGAAGGAGCAGCUAUAUCUCUGGACCGACUGAGGAACUUGCGCGUCUUGUCAGCCAGCAAGAACAAGAGACUUGUCGUCUCCGAGGUGGGCUGGAGCUCGGGUGGCUUCCACUUGUCGGCCGGCAUCGCGUCCCCCGAAAACCAGGUCAAGUUCUUUGCCGACUAUCACCUGAUGGCCACCGCGCACAACUUCGAGUACUACUGGUACGUUGCGUUCGACUCCAAGUGGCGCGUGACGAACGGUGACCACGAGGUGGAGGCCGACUUUGGGGUGUUCAACGAGGAUGACACGAUGAAGAGCAACUUCCAGCAGCUGACCGUUGGAGUGAGAACCCCCCGUGCUAUUCGCAAUGCCGGUACGAGACUGCUGCUGUCGGAGAAGGGCGGCAACCUGUACAUGUCGGGUAAGUCGAAUGAUUGGCUGGUGCAAGAGCAGCAAGUGUGGUUCUUCGACGCUGCCACGCAGCAGGUGCGCUCGAAGAGCAGUGAUCGGUGCCUGGAUGCUUACCAGGGGUGGGACGGUGGCAUCGUGCACGUGUUCCGCUGCAUGGAUCAGGAGGCCAACCAGAAGUGGAUGUUUGACAGCGCGACUGGGACGCUGAGGCACAUGAAGCACCAGGGCUUUUGCCUCGACACGGACCCUGCGCAGGGCAACAAGGUGCAGCUGUACGGCUGCUCGACCAACAACGCGAACCAGCAAUGGGGCGCCAUUGACCCUGCCGCCAUCUAA